AUGGGCUAUGAUUUGGAACACGACAUUUAUACAGGACUGUUUAAAGCACAAAUGAUAAAUAGAAUAGAAAUUAGGCGAAUUGAUAUUGCAAUAGAAGGAGAAAUCGAAAAAACACAAGCAGAGCGUAUAUAA